CACUCGGUGGGCUACACGGCGCUGGUGGGGAGCGACGCCGAGUCGUGGGGCUGGGACCUGGGCCGCAGCCGCCUCUACCACGACGGCAAGAACCGGCCGGGCGUCGCCUACCCCGCCUUCCUGGGGCCCGAGGAGGCCUUCGCGCUGCCCGACUCGCUGCUCGUGGUGCUGGACAUGGACGAGGGCACGCUCAGCUUCGUCGUGGACGGCCAGUACCUGGGCGUGGCCUUCCGCGGCCUCAAGGGCAAGAAGCUGUACCCGGUGGUGAGCGCCGUGUGGGGCCACUGCGAAGUCACCAUGCGCUACAUCAACGGCCUUGACCCCGAGCCCCUGCCGCUCAUGGACCUGUGCCGGAGGACCAUCCGCUCGGCCCUGGGCCGCCAGCGCCUGCGGGACAUCGGCGCCCUGCCUCUGCCUCAGUCUCUCAAAAACUACCUGCAGUACCAGUGAGCCGGCCUGGGGGCGCUGACGAGCAGCAGCGGGCGCCGCCGGCCUCGCGUCCCACCGGCGCGCGGGCCUUCAGGAGGGGGCUGCCUCCCCACCCCGGCCCCCCAGAACUUUCAGUUCUUUGAAAGGCCAGGACGUGUCGCCAGCUUUAAAGACGAAUGUCUGUUGCCAGCAGUAUCCGCUGCCUUAGCAGCAGCGGUCCCAGAGCCCUCCUCGGAAGCCGCCAAGAGGCCCGGGGCCUCCGCCCGGAGGAGGUCCCGCCGGCGCACGGGACUCAGCAGCCACCGCUAUUGAUCAGAGAGCCUGUUUCCAAAUUCAAGACAAUGAAUAAAACAUCGGGGCAGGAGACUUUCUGUUGUGUGCCGGGGUGCGGACGGGGCCAGCUGGGGGAGAAAAUUGCCUCAAUAAUGAAUGCUGAAGACAGCUUGCCGGGGGGGCCCCCCUGGGCCCCCACCCUGGUCGGGGCAGCCGGCUUGUGCUGAUAGUUAGGACUUUGCCCCUUUGGAAGGGAUGCCCGAGGGCAGAACUGGCAAGUGGACCUAGCAGUGUGUUUAGAAGCCUUCCAGCGAGCGUACCUCUUUGAAAGUCGUUUACUGACCUUGUCCCAAGCCCCCCUUCCCCACCUGACCCACCGCCGCUCUCCCCAGGCACCUCUAUUCAGGGAAGCUGAGUCUCACUCAUUCACCCCAGGGACAGAGUGUUUCUUUUAUUAUUAUUAUUAUUAUUUUAAGUAGCAGUUGCAUUUUAAAAGAGGAGCAUGGCAGUGAGGGCAGUACUUAGUCCAAAGGUGCUAAUGGGGAAAUCGGGGGCAUUGGGACACCCUAGUGGAUGAUGCCCGAGGAGCCUUCCUGGGGUGCCAGGGGUCUCUAGGGAGCCGUCCAUUCAGGAUGCAGCCUGGUUGCCGCAAAGCUUUAUUUGAGCAAAUUAUUUUUUCACUUUAGGAGACAUGUACGAGUUUGUUUCUGUUUCAGAUGUGUGUGUGAUGUGCUGUUUAUUUAUCAGCUUGGGGCCCGGGGGGCAGCCUUGUAACUGGAAGGGUGGAGAUGGGAGGCACCUUCUCCACCCGCUCGGAAACUGGUCCUCUCCCGGGAGCGAAGCUGCUGCUGCUGCUAAGACCGCCUCCACUGGGCAUCUCGAGUAUGUUUUCGACUCUCUCUGCCCAGACUCAUUUUUAACUGGAAAUUGUCACAGCAGUGGAAUCCCAGAGCCCCAGACGGCACUGCCUCCCCCCAUUCUAAUGUGAAUUUGACUGAUGAAUGAGGAGCGUUUCUAAUAAAGUUUGUCGUUCAGUC